CCAAGUCCCAAUGUAGAAGAAUUAUAGAUAUUUGCAGUAAUUUUUUUGUUCGUUCGUGAGGAUAUUGACGUUUACUUUAGUUUGUGUGAGAAUGAGCAAGUGAAACCAAAUUUGUAGAGCGAUUAUGGAGAUUUUUCCAGAUUGGGAGCGGUAAUUGGGAUUCGAUUGUGGGUCUCAUCCAAAUUACAUAUUCCAAUUUGGUUCCUCCUUUUCGAUCUCAAUCAAACCUUCACAGAAGAAAGAAAUUGAAUUGUUCUAAUUGUAACCCGUCUUCCCCUCAGAAUUCUAAUCUUCUUUCCUCUGCCACCACCUGAAAAUUCCAAUUUUGCACUCGAAACUCCUCUUUCGCAAACUCGGAACCUCCCAUUACCAACCCCAACACUUCCUUUAUUGUUUUAUUAACUUCCUUCCCAUCUCCUCCUCAAUAGCUUCCCAACUAAGACGGAAAUUUUCUUUCGGCUGCCUAUGAGGGAGUUUUCCCUCCUUGCAUCCUAGGGUUUUAGUCUUUUCCAGGUGCUUGGACGAUUCAAGUGUUUCUUUCUUUUCUUGCCGCUGCGUUCUGAUUUUUUCAACUCAUGGAAGCUUACAAGAAGUGGGUUAGGGAUAACAGAGACUAUCUUCACUCUUUUGAGUCUCUUGCAAAUGGCCUGACGUGGCUUCUUCCAGAACGCUUUUCUGAUUCAGAAAUUGGACCAGAAGCAGUUUCUGCUGCUGUAGGCAUUAUCACUGCAGUCAAUGAACACAUUAUUGAAACAACUCCAACCCAGAUGCAUGUAAACGCAACCGUGCCAUCUUCAUUUCCUUAUUCAUUGUGCAUAUCUGCUCUGAAAAACUUGGAAACAUUGAUUGAAGUUGCUGCACAACAAUAUUAUGGUGAUGAUAAACGAUGGAACUUCAUUGCUGUUACAGAGGCUAUGAAGGUACUAUUUAGAUUAGCUCUGUUCAAGAAUAGUGGGUACAAGAUACUUCUAGAAGGAGGUGAAACGACAAAUAAUGAAAGGCAUCUGGAAACUUCAACCUCUCAGCACAGAGCUAAUGCUUUUACAAAGCAUGGUGGGCAUCAUGCUUCUGGUUUUUCAGGAUAUCUUAAUGGACAUAAUCAAUGGAAUCUAGAAGGGAGGGCAUUAUCUGCAUUAAGCAGGUUUGGGGAAAAUGCUCGGAUGAUUUCACCACCAGCAUGGUCGUACCGAGUUCAACACCAGCAUGCAAUAUUGAAUCCUCCAGCUACAAUACCUGAGAGGCCUACACUCUCCACUAUUUUGUCUGAGCAGGGUCAUCAUGGGGCUCUUUUCGUGACUGGAGAAGUACUUUUUAUAACAAGACCGCUUAUUUACGUUCUUCUAAUCCGCAAAUAUGGUAGUCGGUCGUGGACUCCUUGGUUUCUUUCUCUGGCUGUGGACCUCCUUGGGACAAGCUUUCUAUCAUAUGCUACCUCAGCAUCAGCAAGUAGAAAAGGCCGAAGAUCAUGCCUUUCUGACUCUGAGAAGGACGAGCUGAGAAGACGGAAGAUGCUUUGGGCAUUUUAUCUCAUGAGAGACCCAUUCUUUGAGAGAUAUACAAGGCGAAAACUCGAAGGGGCUGAAAAAGUUUUGGAACCUGUACCUUUCGUUGGAUUCCUCACAGCAAAAAUUGUGGAGCUUAUUGUUGGAGCUCAGACAAGAUAUACUUACAUGUCAGCCUCAUGAGAUGGGAGGGAAAUUGGAGUUUUAUACUUACUGGUCCUUGAAGAUUCAAAGUCCUCCCUCCUGAUUUCUUCUUUCUACUCUUCAUAGAAGUGUUUGGUGAUGUUUCUUUUUGCAUCUAUCUAUUUUGAAUUAUAAUAUAGUUAUGUAUAAUUCCUGGUGAAAUAAAUUGUCUUUUAAGUUUGGAAAUUUUGUAGUGGUAGCCUUAUUUAUUUAUUUUCUAUAUUUCAAAAUAUGUAAUUAAGUUAUAGUGGACUUUGGAUUAUAUUUAAAUCACUAAUUGACCCGUUCAUUAUCUA